AGCUAAUAUAGGAAGAAAGAUCAUCUUGGGGAUUCAUGAAAACACUGUCGCUUUGAUUUUGCGACGAAACAUUUAUCGACGAAUGAUAGACUCGUUCGAGAAUGAAGAUAAAUAUAAAGAACAUCUUAAAAAUGAAAAAUUGAAGAAAAGGAGAAAAAAGGAUUUAAAACAAACAAAGGAACCUCCCAAAGAGACCACAGAAGUACAACAGCCUGAACUCGAUGAAGAAUUCAACACCUAUAGUGACAUUCCACAAGAGAUAUUGAAUCUAAAAUUCACAAAACCGAAUCCGGCGAAAAUCGGGAGUUUCUCUAACUUGAUGUUGAAUAUGAAGUCAAGGUCAUACAGGGAAAGGCACAAUGCUUGUUUACUGGAAGGAAAGUUUCUGAUUGCUGAUGCCAUGAAGUCUGGAAUGUUUGUCCGCUCUCUCUACUUCAGCAGAUUGCAGAAUCUUGUCGGCUUGCCGGCCGAUCUUCUGCCGAAGAUAAAUUUAAUCAAAGUUGGAUUCGAAGAGAUACAACAAGCUUCAGAGGUUAAAGUCCAAACAGAUGGACUCUUGGCGAUCGCCAGCAAACAAGAUGAGAUUACCAGAAAAAAAGUGAUUAGUCAUCGAAAUGAAUUGUUGCAUGAGAAUGACGAAAGUCUUCUGCCAAUAACACUGGUUUGUGACAACAUAAGGGAUGCAGGAAACAUGGGAACAAUACUACGAGGUGCUGCUGCCGCUGGUUGUGAACAGGUGAUAACAACUAAAGGUUGCGUGGAUAUUUGGGAUUCAAAAGUUAUUCGAGCUGGUGCUGGAGCUCACUUUAAGAUUCCUAUCGAACACAGCCUUACGUGGGAUGAAGUCGGUGAAACGAUGCAAAAAUUCGAUGUACGAAAUGUUCAAUUAUCUCAUCACAGUGCAGAAAACAUGCGGUUGUCUGAACUUGUGACAGAUUUCCGAAGAUUUAAAGAAGACUCUGAAUUUUAUAAAGAGCUUACUGCCGAUAUGAAUAUCAAGGAUAGUGAUGUCACAAUCAAUAAUUAUAAAAAUGUCAUCUUUGAAUCAAAACCUUAUUAUGAUGUCACAUAUGAAAAGGGACACACUGUCGUCGUCAUCGGUGGUGAAGUACAUGGAGUGAGCGCUGAUGCAUGUCAGUUUGCUCUUGAAUCAACGAAAGCAGGGAAAAGAAAGGUCGAAGGUUACAUGGGUUUGAUAAACGUUCCAAUGUUUGUUGGUUCAGACUGUCUCAACACAGCGGUCGCCGCAAGUAUAAUAUUGUUUGAUGCCAAGAGGAAGAUAUUGACAGAAAUGAACUGAAUUCUCAUAUGGAAUGGAGCAGACAGACUUGCAUGAUGGCUUAGUGAUCUGCGGGUGUCACAAGCAAAAACUCUUUGAAUCCCACGCUCACCACUUCACCCAAAGGGUGAUAAACUUGGCUGACAAUGCCGUUCCAGAAAUAUUCAGUAUUUCCUAAACUAGUGCCAUGCAUGUCAAUCUUUUCACAAAAAGUGUUGGACUUGGCUGGAAAUGCAACUUAUUUUGAGCAAGCUUGCUCUGUGUGUACAUAGAGCCUGAUCAAUGCGAAGGGCGGAAAAGUAAAAUGUGAAAAGUGUAUUUUCCCUAAUUUUUCAUUGUUGAGUUUGUUGAAUUUUCCAGAAUAAUUAGCUUGAAGCUUAUUACUCAUCCAGAAGUAAAUGAAACUCAUUUGAUAGAGAAUUUAUGGCCGACAAAUGAACUGCCAAGAGGUGAAACUCGAUAAAAUCCAGAAACUAGAUAAAAUUAUGGCGAUGCAAAACGCACCAGUGUAUAUACUGGUGAAGGCGCCGCGGCGGUGUGGCUCAUCGUGCUAAGCGUUAGGAAUACGCACGCCACCGCCCCUCUAAUUACUCUGCGUAGGUUCAAAUCCCAUGUGGGGAUGGUUAUGUG